AUGGCGACCGUUCUGGCAAAGAACGCCUUCCAAAAGGGGGAGGCAGACCAAUCUGCCGUAUCUCUUGAAGGCAUCCCGGCUCUCGGGGCUCCCAUUGAGGAGAAACGGUUUUGGUUCCAGCGAAACAAAGAUUUCGACCCUUUCGCCGUCGCUACUCAGCCGAGUGUUUUUGACGACCCAGAUUCAGCCGAAAAAUAUCAUCCACGAGAAGACUGGGAGAACUACCAUCGCUUUGACCCUCUUGCUCGAUGGACAUGGGCCGAGGAAUAUGCUUUGGUUCGAAAGAUCGAUAUACGUAUUAUGAUAUGGGCAUGUAUCAUGUUCAUGGCGCUUGAACUGGAUCGAGCAAAUAUCAGCCAAGCAAACACGGACAAUAUGCUGGGUGAUCUGAAGAUGAGCACCAAUGACUUUAACCUCGGAAACACCGUUUUCAAGCUUGCGUUUCUUUGCGCAGAGUUGCCAUCUCAGCUUGUUUCCAAAUGGGUUGGCCCCGAUCGCUGGAUCCCUGCACAGAUGAUCCUUUGGAGUAUCGUAGCAAGUUGUCAGUUCUGGCUCAACGGAAGAGACUCAUUCCUUGCCUGCCGUGCAUUGCUGGGUCUGCUUCAGGGGGGAUUCAUCCCCGAUAUCGUCCUCUAUUUGUCGUACUUCUACAAGCAUCACGAGCUAUCGCUGAGACUUGGCUUCUUUUGGACCGCCAUGAGUAUCGCGGAUAUUCUUUCUGCGAUCUUUGCAGAGGAAGUUAUCCUUGUCAACAGAGUUCUGCGCGAAGACCCAAGCAAGAGCAGCAUGCACAACCGCGAGCCAAUCACGCCAAGGUUGCUCUGGGACAGCCUCAAAGAUUACGAUCUCUGGCCCUUGUACAUCCUGGGCCUCACUUUCCAGAUUCCCAUGACAUCCCCGUCACAGUACCUCACCCUGACGUUAAAGAACCUCGGCUUCGACACCUUUCAAGCGAAUCUCCUCGCUAUUCCGUGGACCGUUGGUCACAUGGUCACGAUGCUGGCAAUCACAUACCUGGGCGAAGUCAUCGGCGAACUCACCUUUGUCUCGAUGUCUGGUCAGGUAUGGGCACUCCCAUUUUUGAUCUACCUCAAUGUAGUCGACACAUCCGGGGUCAACAGAUGGGUUCUUUACUCCGUCAUCACGUUGCUUCUGAUGUAUCCGAAUCCUCACCCUAUUCAAGUCGGAUGGAACAGUCGCAACUCCAACACAGUUCGGUCAAGAACCGUCUCAGCUGCUUGUUACAACAUGUUUGUACAGACGGAUGGAAUUAUUUCUUCCAACAUUUACCGAUCUGACGAUGCGCCACUGUACAAACGCGGCAAUAGGUCUCUUCUCGGUAUUGUUUGCAUGAACUUGGUUCUUUACCCAUUGGUGAAGGCUUACUAUGUGUACCGGAACAAGAGACGUGACCGGAUCUGGGAAGGUAUGUCGGAAGAACAGAGACUUGCAUACUUGGAAACAACAAAGGACGAAGGCAAUAAGCGAUUGGAUUUCCGUUUCAGCCAUUGA